CAAACUCUGUCAAACAUCAGCUGACAUCAGCAAAGUUUCGCGUCACGUCAGGUCAUCAACUCGUCAGUCAUCAGUCUCGUUUCAGUGUAAAUCAGUGUGCAAGGGCAAGGGCCCAAUCAAUUUUUAAGGUUGAUCUCAAAUAUUAUAAUCGUCGUUUAUAAUUUUCAAUAAGCUUUUUCUAAGACUAUGCAACGCGUAAUGUACGAUAUGCGAGCUACUGACUUUUUGGAGUAAAUUGUUCACUUCAAUAUUGUUCUUGGCACAGAAAUAUGCUUACAGCCUAAAUUGGGGUUUACUGUAGACACAUACUCAGCGAGGAAGAUCCAUUUAAUUAAUCUUACAAUGCCUGAGCAUGAAAAGAUUGCAAGGCGGGUCAGAGAUAAUGGAGCACAACCGCAUGCGUCGAAUAAGGAAUUUUCCCCUGAGACUUUUGACAAAGAAUCGAGCUCAAACAUAAAAUAUAUUGAUCCCGCCACGUUAACAUUAUGGCGGCAUCCAGUCAUGACGAUAAAUUUCUUUGUUCGAGAAUUAUUAAUUGAUGGCAGAAGUUUAUGCAAAAAGAUUUUGAGACAUUACAGAAUUGUUAUAAGUUCUUUCUUAAUUGUAGUUUUGUUUUUGUUACUUAGCAGAAUUUCCGGGCCUCAACAACAGGCGUUUAGAUAUUUAGAAAAUAAAAUCCGAAGAUGGAUGUACUGGAUUGGUUUAGGAGUUUUGUCGAGUGUAGGUUUAGGAUCAGGUUUGCAUACAUUUGUCCUCUAUCUUGGACCUCACAUUGCGGCCGUUACAAUGGCCGCAUAUAAAUGUGGAGGCCUAAACUUUCCUGAGCCACCUUACCCCGAUAAAAUAAUAUGUCCCUCGACGAUAGACGCAAUUGCAAGUGUAGGAAUCUUAAGUAUUAUGAGGAAGGUUCGAGUAGAGACAAUGCUGUGGGGAGCUGGCACAGCUUUAGGAGAAUUGCCACCUUAUUUUGUGGCCAAAGCUGCCCGAACGAGUAGCCGUAAUAGUAAAAGUGAAGACUGUGAUCAGGAAGAGCUGAAGGAAUUAGAAAUCUUGGAGUCGCUUGAAAACGGAGGAAAUGUAUCGUAUUUCCUGCGAAUUAAGCUGGCUAUGAAGAAAUUUGUUCAGAAAGCUGGAUUUUGGGGAAUAUUGGCUUGUGCAUCUAUUCCAAAUCCUUUAUUCGAUCUUGCUGGUGCGAUUUGUGGUUAUUACCUUAUUCCAUUUUGGACAUUUUUUGGUGCCACUGUGAUUGGAAAGGCAGUCAUUAAAGUCCAUAUACAACAGCUGGCUGUGAUUGUAGCGUUCAAUGAAGAAGUUCUUGAUAAAGCUCUUAACUUAAUCGCUGCUAUACCUAUUAUCGGAGAGAAGUUUCAAGAACCAUUGAAGAAAUAUCUCAUGGAGCAAAAAGGCAAAUUCCAAAACAAAGGUGCAACUGAAGCCCAUGGGUCAACAAUUAUAUCAAAGUUGUUUGAAAUGUUUGCAGUCGUGAUGGUUGGUUAUUGUUGUUUGACUAUUGUUCACGAACUGGCGCGCAAGCACCACCGCCGACGUUUUAAAACGACUACUGACUAGAAUAUGCAGGAAAGCUGAAAAGCUGCAUAAUGCUGAAGUCUUGUACAGAAUAAAUAAAAUUUUUAUAUUAUUCAUGUCCUA